UUAUGCAUGACGGUGUGUGCUGGGGGGCAUGGUUUGAUUUUGUGAAGGGCGUUUUUUUACUGUCAACUAAAAUCAAAUGUCAUUUCUAAUGUCGUCGCAAUCCUAAUGUUACGUUGACUGUUAAUCAUUACCCUACUCAAAUAUGUUUGAGCCUGCAAUUCAUUGCUUUUCGUGUGUUUUAAUAUUGCCUAUAUUGUCAUAUUCUGCUCACUAUAUAUUCUGGACCUUUCCUAAGUGUUCUUGAUGUGGCAGAGAAUGGGGGCAGUGAGGGUCUUUAACUAGGAAGUCAGAUUCUGUAUGUUUGCAGUUGUGUACAUAGCAAACAAAAUGAAAACUCCACUCCACGAGUGUCAAGAGUUAUCUUGUCAAAUAACUUUACAUCACAGCCUGUCUGUGUAAUAGACUGAAGCCAUUUGGGUGUUGAACAUGUCUGAGAAUGGGAGUCUUCACCAAGGGAUGGAGGAGCAGGCUUUAUCCCCAAGUCAGAGUGAUGAGCCUGGGGAGGAGGUGGCGUCGCGCUCCCCUGCCCAGCAGAGUCCGUAUGAAGAGCUUGAGGCGGUAGGCUCGGAGGCAGAGAGGAGCGUGGGUCCUGAAGCCGAGGCGAAGCCAAACUCUCCCGGCCAGCUGGAGUCAGACCCCGGUGAGGGGGGAAACACAGACAUCUCCACAGCUCAGGAUGCGGCUGAAGUCCGUCCUCCACUCAUCAGCAUAAAAACAGGUGUAAGUGGGCACAGAAGAAUCGGGGGCCAGAGAGUCAAAAGAGCCAAUCACACGUCCUCAUCUGUCAUCACCUCCCCUGUCUCCACGGCAGCUGUAUCUGGCAAGCGUUCAGUUGUGCUCUCCAACGAGGCCCGGAAGGAGAUGGUCAAGCAGGCAAAAGCCUUGAAGGACGAGCGCCGGGCGGCCAUCGACAGCCGCCAUAAGUACCUCAUCUCCAAGAUAGCGGAUGGCGUCAGCUUAGGGGAGGCUGAGGUGGAGGAGGCACUCGUUUCUGAUGACAAGUUCAGCUUGAUAGAAGAAUUCUUUGCAGCCCAUGGAUCAAAGAGAUUGCUCUUCUUCUAUCAAGCAGCACCAUCGUCUCAGUUGAAUCGUCACUCCAACCCAGACACCAUUAGCUCCACAACCGGCCAGAAGAAGCUUUUUAUCACCACGGGCACUGCGGAGGGCCUGCUCGGGGUGUGUUUGUUUUUCCUGCGCAGCACCGAGAAGGCCAUAACGACUGCCACUGUGUUCCAAGAGGUGAACUUUGGAAUGCUCGACUGCACUGACGGGAACCUUUUGCACAGUUUUCAGAACCUUUUCUCACAAGUCAUGUUGCCAGCUCUCAAGUCUCAAGAGGACUGGGGUGCCAUUAAAGAUGGUCUGAAGAACGUCCACAUUCAGGACUUCCUGAGUUCAGUGGACAGGUUUGUCUGCAGUCUCUCCUCAGCCCGACAAAACAUGGAGGGAAAGUUCCAGCUGAAUGAGGUAGACUCCGCCCCGAGCCUGAGCAACCUCCAGGAGCCAGCUGACUACACAGCUGCAGCCGGGAACUCUGAGCUGGUGGAGCGGCUGGAGGCAGUGCUCCUUCACUGGGCGCAGCAGAUCGAGCUGGUCCUGACUGAGAGCGAGCAGAUGAGGAAGGAGGCGGAUGACAUUGGCCCCGCCGCCGAGCUGGAGUACUGGAAGAGCCGCAUGACUACCUUCAACAGCCUCUUGGAGGAGAUAAAGAGGCCCCAGGUGAAGAAGGUUCUGGGCCUGCUACAGGUGGCUAAGUCCAAAACCCUGAGACGAUGGAAGGAGCUGGAUGGAAACAUUACUGUUGUGGCCAAUGAGGCAAAGGAUAAUGUCAAGUAUCUUUACACGCUAGAGAAGUUCUUCAGGCCUCUUGGAAAGUGCACUCCUACCAGUAUGCUUGAACACAUCCCCAACCUGAUGAACAGCAUCCGCAUGAUCCACAACGUGUCCCACUACUACAACACCUCAGAGCACAUGACCUCCCUCUUUGUCAAAGUCACCAAUCAGAUGGUCACCACCAGCAAGGCCUACCUCAGCCAAGGGAUGGCCAAGGUCUGGGACCUGGACAGAAAGGAACUCCUGCAGAGAAUUGAUGAGUGCUUCCAGCUCAACCAGGAGUACCAGCUAUGCUUCCAGAGGGUGCGAGAGAAACUCAGGGAGAAUCUUGAGAACAGACAGUUUGAAUUCAGUGAGAACUACAUCUUUGGGAAGUUUGACACGUUCUGCAAGCGUCUGGAGAAGAUAGCGGACGUGGCAGGCACACUGGAGGACCUGUCCUCUCUGCAGCACAUCAAGGUGGAGGGCACAGAGAAGAUUUAUGUGCGCUACCAGACCAUCGUGACCAGCAUCAAGUCUAAGACCUACAAUGUGCUCGACCAUCGGAAAUUAGAGUUUGAAAAUGACUAUGCCGAGUUCAAAGCUCAAAUCCAAGGCUUGUUCCAGUCGCUCCAGGCAUUGUUAGAUGCCUGGUUUGAGAAAAAUCUUUCAGCGGAGCGAAUGCUUGAUCUGUUGGCCAAGUUUGAAAACGGGGUGGGCAAGCAACUGGACCUGACGCUGAAGUACAUGUUUGUUCUCCAACGUUAUGGUCAUGAACUGGAACAAGUGAGGAGGCUUUACCAGAAACAGAGAGACAACCCUCCUGUCACUCGAAACAUGCCCACAAUUGCAGGGAAAAUACUGUGGUCACGACAGCUCUUAAGGAAAAUUGAAUUACCAAUGACUAUGCUGAAAGACAAACUGGAUGUACUAAAGGUCCCUGAGAUGAGGAAAAUUAUCCGGGCCUACAACAAGAUGGCCGCCGUUCUGUUGGAGUAUGAGCUGCUCUACCACCGGGGCUGGGUGCAGGCGGUGGAGAUGGGUCAGCAUGGCCUCAGCGCCACCCUCCUCAUCAGGCAUCCACAAACCAAGGAGAUCUUUGUCAAUCUGGACCCUGUGGUGCUGGAGGUUCUGCAGGAGGUGAAGUGUAUGAGUAAGAUGGGCUUCUCUGUGCCCAAGUCCAUCCUGACUGUGUGUGCCAGUGAAGCCCAGCUAAAGGCCCAACAGAAUACUCUUCAGGAGUUGCUUGAGGACUUCCAGGUGUCUGUAGGCCAGAUCCCUGCUCCUCUCCAGCCCGUCUUGCAGCCCUUCAUCAGCCACGUGGAGACGGCGCUCACCCCCGGCCUCACCACCCUCUCCUGGAGCUCCCUCAACAUAGACAGAUUCCUCCAGGGUGUGUGUGAGGCUCUAGGCGAGCUGAAGCAGGUGGUGAAGGUCGCCUCGGACACGCUGGAGUGCCGUGUGGAGAGGGCCUUCCAGGACGUGGCCACCACAGCCCUGCUGCCCCUGCCCGAGGACGAGCCCGUGCCCAUCCACUCCUUCCAGAGCGAGGCAGAGAGUGCAGUCAGGGCAGCUGGACAAGAGCUGGCUGGUCACAGUACACAAGCGGAGAUGUCCAUGUAUGAUAUGAUCCAUGAGCUCAAGAGGAAGAUGAAGCCAGCAGAAAUGGUCAACCUGGAGGGCUCUUUUGCAUGCCUGCACCCUGAUGCCAAGCAGAAGACUCGAUGCCAGGCGUGUUUGCCAUGCCACUUUUACAACCUGAUGGGCCACCUCUGCCAGAAGAACACUGAGGCUCUGGUUAGAGCCACCAAGACGUCUCUGGAUUCUCUGAGACGCCGUCUCCACGUGGCGAGCUCUAAGUACCUGUCGGCCUUCGCCCCACUGGGUCGCACUGUCUCUCAAGUGCCUCUUUUCAAAGCCUCCAUCCAGCUCGCCAUCCCCAACAUCGUCCUCAGGCCCAGCCUUGAGGACAUUCAGAGUAUCCUGAAUAAAGUGGUCAACACAGUGCUGUCCAUGGCCAAAGACAUCCCCCUGUGGGAAUACUCACGUCUCCAUCACAAACAACUGCAGGUGGAGCAGCAGGCAGCACGGGACCUGGGGGACGACGGGCCCGUCCCCAAGCAGAUCACCCUGAAGCCACUGGACCGGCAGCUGGCUGAGCACAAGGACGUGACCAAGGCGGUGGUCCAGCUGAGCUCCCUUGUGUCCUCCCUGAAGGCGGAUGCAGGGGACGUGCUGGGGGGCCUGGCCCACUUCUCCACCCUCUGGAGCCAGGAUGCAGAGGAGCAGGUGAAAGUGUUUCUGGAGAGCAGCCCAUCACUGCCCGAGUUCAGUGCUCAGAUUUCAUCAUACUCUACACUAGAAGCUCAGAUUGAGGAGCUUCCACCCAGCUGGACCGUGGGCUCCAUCCUCUAUGAGACAGACCAGCUGAAGCUCUCGCUGGUCCAGGAGUGCCGGGCCUGGAAGAGGGCCUUCGGGGCCGCGCUAAACCGCCAGGCCUCCGCCAACAUGUCCGAGAUCUACGCCUUCGUGGACAGCUUGAACAGGCAGCUGCAGAGGCCCGUCCGGGACCUGGAGGACGUGCGGGGGGCCAUGGCGGCCCUGAGGGAGGUGCGGGAGGGGGAGAUCCGGAUCGACUCCCUCAUCGGGCCCGUGGAGGAGUCCUUCACCCUGCUCAACCGCCACGAGCUGCACUUCAGCGACGGCAAUGCAGAGAAGGUGGACAGUCUGACCUACGCCUGGAAAAACCUCAACGCGCUGGUGUUGCAGACACAGAAUACCCUUGUGGCAAUUCAGCCAACAAUGAAAUCUGAGCUGCUUGCUGGCGUGGAGAGUUUCCAGGGCACAGUACAAAGCUUCUACACUGAUUACGACACCAGUGGUCCCGGAGUGGCAGGUCUGGUGCCGAGUGAGGCCAGCGACCGACUGCAGGCGUUCCAGGCCCAGUUUGACGAGCUCUGGAGGAAAUACAUCACUUUCUCUGGGGGAGAGGAGCUCUUUGGCCUCCCCGUCAAAGAAUAUCCUGACCUUCAGCGCAUAAAAAGAGAGCUAUCUCUAUUGUCCAAGCUUUAUGGCCUCUACAACUCCGUCAUUGACAGUGUGAAUGGCUACUAUGAUAUUCAAUGGGCUGACCUUAACAUAGAGAAGAUCAACAGUGAACUCCAAGACUUUCAAAAUCGCAUUCGGAAGCUCCCCAAAGCCUUGAAGGAAUGGCAGGCCUUCUGUGACCUGAAGAAGAAGAUCGAUGACUUCAACGAGACUUGCCCCCUCCUUUACAUGAUGGCAAACAAGGCUAUGAUGGGCAGACACUGGCAACGCCUGAGUGACAUCACAGGCCACAGCUUCGAUGUUGACUCAGCAAAUUUCUCUCUCAGAAACAUUAUGGAGGCUCCCUUACUACAGUACAAAGAGGAUAUUGAGGAUGUUUGCAUCAGUGCCGUGAAGGAGCGGGACAUUGAGGCCAAGCUGAAAGAUGUGGUGGCCGAGUGGAGUAGCCACACGUUCACUUUUGCCCCCUUCAGGAACCGAGGGGAACUGCUGCUGAAGGGCUCAGACACUGCAGAGAAGGUGGCCCUGAUGGAGGACAGCCUAAUGAUCCUAGCCUCCCUUAUGAGUAACAGGUACAACGUCCCCUUCAAGCCCACCAUCCAGCAGUGGGUUCAGAAGCUGUCCAACACCACGGAGGUGAUUGAGAAGUGGCUGAUGGUGCAGAACCUGUGGAUCUACCUUGAGGCCGUGUUUGUGGGCGGAGACAUCGCCAAACAGCUCCCACAGGAGGCUAAGCGCUUCCAGAACAUCGACAAGUCGUGGCAGAAGAUCAUGCAGCGUGCCCACGAGGUGCCCGGCGUGGUGCAGUGCAGCGUGGGCGACGAGACGCUGAGCCAGCUGCUGCCCCACCUGCUGGAGCAGCUGGAGGUGUGUCAGAAGUCCCUGAGUGGCUACCUGGAGAAGAAGAGGCUCGUCUUCUCCCGCUUCUUCUUCGUCUCCGACCCCGUCCUCCUGGAGAUCCUUGGACAGGCCUCUGACUCCCACACCAUCCAGGCCCAUUUGUUGAGUCUCUUUGACAAUGUGAACCGAGUGGUUUUCCAUGAGAAAAACUACGACCAGAUUCUGAGUUUCCAGUCCCAGGAGGGUGAAACGGUGGCUCUCACUGAACCUGUCAGUGCCCAGGGAAACGUGGAGGUGUGGCUGGGCCUUUUGCUGUCUGGCGUUAAGAGCACCAUACACAGCAUCAUCCGCCAGGCCCACAUGGCCAUCGGUGACGCAGGCCUCAAGCUGCUGGAGUUCCAGUCUGUGUUCCCCGCACAGGUGGGCCUGCUGGGCAUCCAGCUCAUCUGGACCAGGGAUGCUGAGGAGGCACUCAAGCUCAGCAAAGCCGACAAGAAGAUCAUGCAGACAACCAAUCAGAAGUUUCUGGACAUCCUGAACGAGCUGAUUGACAUGACGACUCGAGAUCUAACCAAGAUAGAGAGGACCAAGUACGAGACCCUCAUCACCAUCCAUGUGCACCAGAAGGACAUUUUUGAUGAUUUGGUGCGCAUGAACAUUAGGUCGGCGUCUGACUUUGAGUGGCAGAAACAAUCACGCUUCUACUUCCUUGAGGACGUGGACAGGUGCCUCAUUCAGAUCACGGAUGUGGAGUUUGACUACUGUAACGAGUACCUGGGCUGCACCGACAGGCUUGUCAUCACCCCACUCACUGACAGAUGUUACAUCACGCUGGCCCAGGCUCUGGGCAUGAGUAUGGGUGGAGCCCCUGCUGGCCCAGCGGGGACAGGGAAGACUGAGACCACCAAGGACAUGGGUCGCUGCCUGGGCAAAUACGUGGUGGUCUUCAACUGCUCCGACCAGAUGGACUACAGGGGACUGGGCCGCAUUUACAAGGGAUUGGCUCAGGCAGGAGCGUGGGGGUGCUUCGAUGAGUUUAACCGCAUUGAACUCCCCGUCCUGUCCGUGGCGGCACAGCAGAUCUACAUUGUCCUUCAGUGCAAAAAGAACAAAAAAACUCAGUUCAUCUUCACAGACGGAGACGUGGUGGACAUGGAUAAAGAGUUUGGAAUCUUCCUGACCAUGAACCCAGGGUACGCCGGCCGUCAGGAGCUCCCUGAGAACCUGAAGAUCCAGUUCCGUACCGUGGCCAUGAUGGUUCCUGACAGGGCCAUCAUCAUGAGAGUCAAGCUAGCCAGCGCCGGUUUCCGUGACAACCAAGUCCUCAGUCGCAAGUUCUACACCCUGUACAAGCUGUGUGAAGAACAACUCUCCAAACAGGUUCACUAUGACUUUGGGCUGAGGAACAUUCUGUCUGUGUUGAGAACCCUUGGUGCGGUGAAGAGGGCUAACCCCACGGAGUCUGAGAAGACCGUGGUCAUGAGGGUGCUGCGGGACAUGAACCUCUCCAAACUGGUGGAUGAAGACGAGCCUCUCUUCAUGAGCCUCAUCAACGACCUGUUCCCAGGCAUCACCCUGGACAAGGCAGGCUACCCUGAGCUGGAGGCAGCCAUCCAGGCGCAGACGCAGCAGGCUGGGCUCAUCUUCCACCCACCCUGGGUGCUCAAGCUGGUGCAACUUUAUGAGACCCAGCUCGUCAGACACGGAAUGAUGACGCUGGGCCCCAGUGGCACAGGGAAGACCACAUGCAUCCACACGCUAAUGAAGGCCAUGACAGACUGCGGCACCCCCCACAAAGAGAUGCGGAUGAACCCCAAAGCCAUCACCGCCUCGCAGAUGUUCGGCACGCUGGACGUGGCCACCAACGACUGGACAGAUGGCGUCUUCUCCACGCUGUGGAGGAAAACGCUCAAAGCAAAGAAGGGUGAACAUAUAUGGAUUGUUCUGGAUGGUCCAGUUGAUGCUAUCUGGAUUGAGAACCUGAACUCAGUCUUGGAUGACAACAAGACCUUGACCCUGGCCAAUGGAGAUCGCAUCCCCAUGGCCCCCAACUGUAAGGUUGUGUUUGAGCCCCACAACAUUGACAACGCCUCCCCAGCCACCGUGUCCCGUAACGGCAUGGUCUUCAUGAGCUCCUCCGUGCUCGACUGGCAGCCCAUUCUGCAGGCGUGGCUUCGCAAGAUCCCACCGGCUCAGGCAGACGUGCUGCUCAACUGCUUCAACAACAUCUACCAGGACCUAAUUAACUUCAUAUUCACUGUGGUUUCUCCAAAAAUGCAAAUCCUGGAGUGCAUGUACAUCAAGCAGACACUUGACCUCUUGCAGGGCUUGCUGCCUUCGGCCGAAGAGAGGAACGCCGCUCAUGGUCACGUUAGUCGGCUGUUUGUGUUUGCUUUGAUGUGGUCAGCGGGGGCCCUGCUGGAGCUGGACGACAGGGCCAAGCUGGAGGUGUUUCUCAAGGGCCACUCGUCCCCACUGAGUCUGCCUCACACCCAGGAGGAGCAGACCAUAUUUGAGUUUGUGGUCAACGAGGCCGGAGAGUGGGACCAUUGGUCCAAGAAGGUCCCUGAGUACAAAUAUCCUAAGGAUGUUAUUCCUGACUAUGCCUCCAUCCUUGUGCCUAACGUUGACAACGUCAGAACGGACUUCCUGAUGCGGACCAUCAUGCAACAGGGCAAAGCAGUGCUGCUCAUUGGUGAACAAGGCACUGCCAAAACAGUCAUGAUCAAGGGCUACACCGGUAAGUAUGACCCGGAGAGACAUGUGAGCAAGAGCUUCAACUUCUCGUCGGCCACGCUGCCCGGCAUGUUUCAGCAGACCAUAGAGAGCUACAUAGACAAACGCAUGGGCAGCACCUACGGCCCGCCUGCUGGAAAGAGGAUGACCGUCUUCGUGGAUGAUAUUAAUAUGCCUGUUAUCAAUGAGUGGGGAGACCAGAUCACAAAUGAGAUAGUCCGGCAGCUGAUGGAACAGGGGGGCUUCUACAGCCUGGAGCGCCCCGGCGAGUUCACCACCGUGGUGGACGUGCAGCUGGUGGCGGCCAUGAUCCACCCGGGGGGCGGCCGCAACGACAUCCCCCAGCGGCUGAAGAGGCAGUUCUGCAUCUUCAACUGCACCCUGCCCUCCAAUUCCUCCAUCGACAAGAUCUUCCACACCCUGGCGCAGGGCUAUUUCUGCCCAGAGAGGGGCUUCUCCGAGGGGGUGUGUGCUCUGGCCAGUGCCCUGGUGCCCACCUCCAGGAGAGUGUGGCAAGCUGUCAAAGCCAAGAUGCUGCCUUCCCCGGCUAAGUUCCACUACGUGUUCAACCUGCGGGACCUGAGUCGGAUCUGGCAGGGCAUCCUGGCGGUGCGGGCGGACGUGUGCCAGGGGCCCGCUGUGCUAAUGCCUCUCUUCAGGCACGAGUGCUGCCGCGUCGUCGCCGACCGCUUCGUCGACCUCAAGGACACCGAGAUCUUUGAUGGGAUUGUGGCACGGAUUGCGACAGAGGACCAUGGAGCUGACUGGAUGGAGCAGGCCCAGGCGGACGCCUACUUUGUGGACUUCCUGCGUGACGCCCAAGACACCACUGGAGACGAGCCUGACGACGCUGAGCCCGAGACCCCCAAGGUGUACGAGCCUAUCCCCUCCUUCCAGGCGCUGUCAGAGCGGCUGGGUCUCUACCUGCAGCAGUACAAUGAAGCCGUGAGAGGCAACGCCAUGGACCUGGUCUUCUUCAAGGAUGCCAUGAUCCACUUGGUGAAGAUCUCGCGGAUCGUACGCACCCCCCAGGGUAAUGCCCUGUUGGUGGGGGUGGGGGGCUCAGGCAAGCAGAGCCUCACUCGCUUAGCCUCUUUCGUCGCUGGAUACCAGAGCUUCCAGAUCACGCUCACACGAACCUACAAUGUCAGUAACCUAAUGGAGGACCUGAAGACACUGUACCGGAUCGCCGGGCAGCAGGGUAAGGGCGUGACCUUCAUCUUCACCGACAACGACAUCAAGGACGAGGCCUUCCUGGAGUACAUGAACAACGUGCUGGCGUCCGGCGAGGUGUCGAACCUGUUCCCCCGCGACGAGAUGGACGAGAUCACCCAGGACCUCAUCCCCGCCAUGAAGCGCGAGCACCCGCGCCGCCCGCCCACCGCCGAGAACCUGUACGACUACUUCCUGUCGCGGGUGCGCAGCAACCUGCACGUGGCGCUCUGCUUCUCGCCGGUGGGAGAGAAGCUGCGCUCGCGAGCGCUCAGGUUCCCGGGCCUCAUCUCCGGCUGCACGGUGGACUGGUUCCAGCGGUGGCCCCGGGACGCCCUCGUGGCCGUCGCCCAGCACUUCCUGGCCAGUUACGCCUUCCGCUGCACGGACGAGGUCAAGCAGAGCGUGGUGGGCACCAUGGGAACCUUCCAGGACAUGGUGGCGGAGACGUGCACGGAGUACUUUCAGCGCUUCCGACGGCAGACCUACGUGACGCCCAAAUCCUACCUGUCCUUUAUUAAAGGCUACCAGGCUAUCUACUCGGAGAAAAUAGCUCACGUAGAAGUGCUGGCUGAACGUAUGAAUACAGGCCUGGACAAGCUAAUGGAGGCUGAGCAGUCAAUCAGUCAGCUGUCCAAAGAGCUGGCGGUGAAAGAGCAGGAGUUGGCCGUGGCGUCUCAAAAGGCCGACGGGGUCCUUCAAGAGGUCGCCGUCAAAGCGCAGGCAGCAGAGAAGGUCAAGGCCCAGGUGCAGAAGGUCAAAGACAAGGCCCAGGCCAUCGUGGACGAGAUUGAGGGAGACAAGAAGGUGGCAGAGUCCAAGCUGGAAGCUGCCAAGCCUGCUCUAGCAGCAUCAGAGGCUGCCCUGCAGACUAUAAAGCCGUCGGACAUCGCCACGGUGCGGAAGCUGGGGAAGCCUCCGCACCUGAUCAUGCGCAUCAUGGACGCCGUGCUGAUCCUCUUCCAGCGGCGGGUCGAUGUUGUCACCAUGGACCCUGAGCGGCCCUGUCUCAGACCCUCCUGGGCUGAAGCCCAGAAGCUGAUGAACAACUCAGCCUUCCUCAGCAUGCUCCUCAACUUUAACAAGGACACCAUCAAUGAGGAGGUGGUGGAGCUACUGGCUCCGUACCUCAGCAUGGAGGACUACAACCUGGACACGGCCAAGAGGAUGUGUGGCAACGUCGCUGGCCUGUGCUCCUGGACCGAGGCCAUGGUGGAUUUUUUUAGCAUCAACAAGGAAGUGCUGCCUUUAAAGGCCAACCUGAAGCUGCAGGAGGCCCGUUUGGCAGUGGCUCAGGCGGAGUUGGCCGCGGCCCAGGAGCAGCUGGACGCCAAGCAGCAGGAGCUGGACCAGGCGCAGGCCAUGUACGACGACGCCAUGCGCGAGAAGCAGUCGCUGCUGGUCGACGCCGAGGCCUGCCGACGCAAGAUGUCCAACGCCAUGACGCUCAUCGACGGCCUGGGGGGAGAGAAGAUUCGCUGGACGGAGAGCAGUGCUCAGUUCCAAAGCCAGAUCAAACACUUGGUGGGGGACGUGCUGCUGGCCACAGGCUUCCUGUCGUACGCUGGCCCCUUCAAUCAGGAGUACCGCAACCUGCUACUGCAGCAGUGGAGGGGGGAGAUGAGCAGCAACCGUAUCCCCUGCAGUGAUAGCUUGAAUGUGAUCAGCAUGCUGGUAGACAACGCCACCAUCGGAGAGUGGAAUCUACAGGGUCUGCCCAACGAUGACCUCUCCAUCCAGAACGGCAUCAUCGUGACCAAAGCCUCCCGCUACCCCCUCCUGAUCGACCCACAGGGGCAGGGCAAAAUCUGGAUCAAGAACCGUGAGCGCGGCAAUGAGCUGCAGGUCACAUCCUUGAAUCACAAAUACUUCCGCUCCCACCUCGAAGACUGCAUGUCCCUGGGCAAACCCCUGUUGAUUGAGGAUGUAGGGGAAGAGUUGGACCCUGUGCUGGAUAACAUCCUGGAGAAGAACUUUAUAAAGUCCGGCUCCACCUACAAAGUGAAAGUGGGGGAUAAGGAGGUGGACGUGAUGAAGGGCUUCACCCUGUACAUCACCACCAAGCUGGCCAACCCGGCCUACACACCCGAGGUCAGCGCCAAGACGGCCGUGGUGGACUUCACCGUCACCAUGCGGGGCCUGGAGGACCAGCUGCUGGGCCGUGUCAUUCUCAUCGAGAAGCAGGAGCUGGAGUCUGAGCGUGUGAAGCUCCUGGAGGAGGUGACGUCUAACAAGCGUAAGAUGCAGGAGCUGGAGGACAAUCUCCUGUACCGUCUGACGAGCACCGAGGGCUCACUGGUCGAGGACGAGUCCCUCAUCGAGGUGCUCCAAGUUACCAAGACGACGGCGGAGGAGGUCAGUGAAAAGCUAACCGUGGCAGCGGAAACGGAGGUGAAGAUCAACUUUGCGCGGGAGGAAUACCGGCCUGUGGCCACACGGGGCAGCAUCCUCUACUUCCUGAUUGUGGAGAUGAGCCUGGUGAACAUCAUGUAUCAGACCUCCCUGCGGCAGUUCCUGGGCAUCUUCGACACGUCCAUGGAGAAGUCCACCAAGUCUCAGAUCACCGCCAAGCGCCUUGGCAACAUCAUGGAGUACCUCACCUACGAGGUGUUCCGCUACACGGCCCGGGGCCUCUACGAGAACCACAAGUUCCUCUUCACCCUGCUGCUGGCACUCAAGAUCGACCUGCAGGCCAAGAAUAUCUCCCACAGCGAGUUCCAGACCUUUAUCAAAGGUGGUGCUUCUCUGGACCUGAACUCGGUGGAGGCCAAACCCCGCCGUUGGAUCCUGGACAUGACGUGGCUCAACCUGGUCCAGCUGUCGUCUCUGCAUCCCUUCACCAGCUUGCUGGUGCAGGUCGGCCAUAACGACCGCGCGUGGAGGGUGUGGUUCGAUGAGGCAGCGCCCGAGGAGGCCCCGCUGCCUGAUGGCUUCGACAGCCUGGUGGAUGCCUUCCGGAAGCUUCUGCUCAUCCGGAGCUGGUGCCCUGACCGCACCAUUGCUCAGGCGAGGAGGUACAUCACAGACUCGCUGGGAGGCAAGUAUGCGGAAGGCGUGAACCUGGACAUGGAGGCCAUGUGUGCUGAGAGCGACAAGAGGACACCGCUGGUCUGCUUCCUUUCAAUGGGGUCUGAUCCGACCGAGAACAUCGAGAGGCUCGCUAAAUCUAAGACUGUCCCGUGCAGACCCAUCUCCAUGGGACAGGGUCAGGAGGUCCAUGCCCGCAGGCUCCUGUCCCAGAGCAUGGCCGAUGGAGGGUGGCUGCUCCUGCAGAACUGUCAUCUGGGCCUGGACUUCCUGGACGAGCUCCUGGAGACGGUCACCACAGCCGAGAACAUCCAUGAGGGCUUUAGAGUGUGGAUCACCACGGAGGGCCACCCCAAGUUUCCCAUCAACCUCCUGCAGUCGUCCAUCAAAUUUACCAACGAACCACCUCAAGGUAUGAAGGCAGGCUUGAAAAGGACAUAUGGCGGCUUGACUCAGGACCAGCUGGAGAUCACCAACAUGCCCCAGUGGAGGCCUAUCCUGUAUGCUGUGGCCUUCCUCCAUACCACUGUGCAGGAGAGACGCAAGUUUGGUCCCCUGGGCUGGAACAUUCCGUACGAGUUCAACCAGGCCGACUUCACGUCCAGCAUGCAGUUUGUCCAGAACCACCUGGACGAGGUGGAUGUGAAGCGCGGGGUGAACUGGAGCUGUCUGCGCUAUAUGCUGGGGGAGGUUCAGUACGGCGGACGCGUGACGGACGACCUCGACAAGCGGCUGCUCAACACCUUUGCUUACAUCUGGUUCAGCGAGGACAUGUUCGGAGACAAGUUCUGCUUCUACAAGGGCUACACCAUUCCCAAAGCCAGGACGGUGCAAGACUACCAGAGUCACAUUGAUACAUUGCCAUUGGUGGAUUCUCCUGAGGUGUUUGGCCUCCAUCCCAACGCUGACAUCACCUACCAGACCAAUCUGGCCAACGAGACCCUGAGCACCAUCAUCAGCAUCCAGCCCAAGGACAGCGGCGGCGGGGGCGGGGAGACGCGCGAGAGCACGGUGCAGCGGCUCGCCAACGAGAUGCUGGAGAAGCUCCCCGCUGACUACGUGCCUCACGAGGUGCGAGCACAUCUGCAGAAAAUGGGGCCCUUCCAGCCAAUGACCAUCUUUCUGCGGCAAGAGAUCGACCGUAUGCAGCGAAUCAUUGGAAGAGUACGGAGCACCCUCACUGACCUCAAACUGGCCAUAGAUGGAACCAUCAUCAUGUCGGAGGACCUGAGGGAUGCCCUGGACAGCAUGUACGACGCUCGGGUGCCUCGGCUGUGGCAGAAGAUCUCCUGGGAGUCGGCCACUCUGGGCUUCUGGUUUACCGAGCUUCUGGAGAGGAACCAGCAGUUCCACAGCUGGACGUUCGGCGGGAGGCCCAACCAGUUCUGGCUCACCGGAUUCUUUAAUCCCCAGGGAUUUUUGACUGCCAUGCGUCAGGAGACCACACGCAUGAACCUUUCAAAAGGCUGGGCCCUGGACACAGUGGUCCUCCAUAAUGACGUCACGCGUAUGAUGAAAGAGGAUGUCACUGCCCCUCCGCCCAGCGAUGUCGGGGGCGUCUACAUCCACGGGCUCUUUCUGGAGGGGGCAGGCUGGGACAAGAGGAACACCAAACUCACAGAGGCCUCUCCCAAGGUCCUCUUCACCCCGUUGCCAGUGGUACACGUCUAUGCCCUCAGUAGCACCUCCCCUCCUGACACCAAAAAGCCAUCCGCCGUGAGCCUCUACCCCUGCCCCGUGUACAAGAAGCCGAGGCGCACGGACCUCACCUUCAUCUUCUCUCUCCUCCUCCGCACAAGCCAGCCCGUGGAGCACUGGACACUGCGGGGGGUGGCGCUGCUCUGUGACUGCAAAUAAGCAAGUAGCCCUCUCUCGGGGCAAGGCCUAAUGCGUUUGCCCGUACGCUGUAGAGAUUCUUGGGAGACUUACCCAGAGGGUUAGAGUAGAGUUUUACUCCAUCUCCAGCAGCACACGCGAUUCACUUACUUAACCUAAUCAACGGACAAAUCGAUCAAUCGAUCGAGCGUGUGUGUGCGUGCGUGCGUGUGUGCCGUG